AUGUCGUGGAUUGGCAAGGCAUAUCAUAUAACCGAGAUAACAAAGGGGAGAUACUACUACCCUCGGGAACCUGAUGGACGCGGAGAAACUUCACCCACUUCCCGCCUCCUUAAGGAUGGUGAAGUCGCCGAGUGGAUUCUUUUGGAUGGUACGCCUGCAACGUGCGCAAACAUCGCUCUACACAAUAUAUACCCCAAACAGAUAGACCUUUUGGUAGGGACUGUCGUGCUUCAUCAUUUCUGGACCGAACCUUGGACGAAACACAUCUGGUUAGCCCUGAAAUAUAUUCAAAUUUGA